AUGGGCAUGCCUGGACCAGAAGGCAUGAUGCCAGGUCAUCCAGGAGCUCCUGGAUUUCCAGGUCGAUUCCCGGGGAGAGCCGGUUGUCCACCGGGUGCGAUGCCUCCUGGCGGAUUUGGUAUGUUUCCCGGUGAUCCGAGAGCAAUGCCCGGUCAACGGAUGCCACCGAAUGCGGCAAUGCGCAUGCCACCCGCAUCGUUUGCCCCUGCAGGAAUGCGACCGGGUGGGCCAGGAGGGCCUCCUCCUCCUCAAGGUAUGAGGUAUGGCGCUCCACCUGGUGGCGCUUUCAUGGAUUCUCCAGGACAAGCAUUUCCACCAGGCGCUGGUAUGAUGCCAAACGGUGGUGGUGUAAUGUGUUCACAAGCGCCGGUCGGUAUGUCUAUGUCUUCUCCGGGAAUGCCGCCGGCUGGUGCGACUGAUCCACACGGAUUCAUGAUGAGCGGUAUGCCAUCAAGCUCAACGGCUAUGCCCUUUGGUAUGGGAGAUACAUCUGUAACCAUGGGUAACGGUAUGGGACCAGGCGGAAUGGGCGGCCCAGGUCCUGGAGGUCCUGAAGGUGGACCGCUGACAGGUUUGCUGAAUGGUGAAGAACUGAAACAGUCACCUGCCUCAACUCCUCGAGGUGGAGUGAAUGGUGGAACGCCGGCUCCUCCAGGAUCAGCUCACAGUAUGCAACCUGCAUCCGUACCUGGUGGAGCUGAGAUGAUGGAUCAACAGAGCACUAAAGAUGACAUCGAAGUGAGCAAAAUCAAGCAAGGCUUGUUAGAUGACUUUGCGCCAAAGGAGGAGAUAUCAUCUGGUGAUCAGCCAUAUUUCUAA